CUCGCGAGAAGUGGCGCGCGGCCGUGUCCUAGCGAUCGGGCCCAAGGAGGCUGAGCUUGGAGAUGUCCUGUCCCCAGAUCUGAGUUGAAAGAAAAAUUGGCCAUGGGUCUCUCUGCAUCUUCUCCUUCGGCAGCAAUCCAAGCAGAUGUAUCUGAACAGCCUCAUACUGCUCCUUCGCAAUGUCCCAUGCACCAGAAGGAAGCGGAAGGUUGCCCCAUGCACGUGAACUCAGCUAGCGGUCCCGAUGAGAACCAGAAUGUGUCUGGCCCUGUGCAUCAAGAAAGAGCGUAUGAAUACGUUGAGUGUCCUGUGAAGUCACAGGUGCAUGAGAAGCUUGAUCCCAGAAACAUGAUGCCACCUCCUAAUCAGCUGCCAUCCCCUGGUCAACCAUUUUCACUCUCUUCCACAAGAGAAGAAUCUACUAUUCCUAGAGCUUUUGCUCAACAAAACUGGGUUUAUCCUUCAGAGCAAAUGUUUUGGAAUGCAAUGCUUAGGAAAGGAUGGAAAUGGAAAGAUGACGACUUAACACCUGUAGAUAUGGGUAAUAUCAUUAAGAUUCAUAAUCAGAAUAAUGAGCAGGCUUGGAAGGAAAUUCUGAAAUGGGAAGCACUACAUGCAAGGGAGUGCCCGUGUGGACCAACACUUGUUCGGUUUGGAGGUAAAGCUAAGGAAUAUUCACCAAGAGCCAGAAUACGAUCCUGGAUGGGGUAUGAAUUACCUUUUGAUAGGCAUGAUUGGAUUAUUGAACGCUGUGGAAAAGAAGUCAGAUACGUUAUUGAUUAUUAUGAUGGAGGAGAAGUAGAUAAGAACUAUCAGUUUACUAUUUUGGACGUUCGCCCUGCUUUUGAUUCCCUGACUGCUGUGUGGGACAGGAUGAAGGUGGCUUGGUGGCGCUGGACUUCAUAACUAAGCUUCCACAGUAUGGAAAACAAUAUUAGAACUGUAUUAUUUGAAGUGGUAUUGAGACUUUGGACUUGAAUAAAAAUCCAUGGUGACUGCUGUUCUAUAUAAUAGCAUUGUACUAGCCACUGGGGGACAAACUGCAUUGCUUUAAUCGAGGCUUUAUUUAAGUAAUAUGGUGUGUGUGUGUUCUUCCCCCUCCUGCAAUGAAGAAGAAGAAGAGAUUGGAUUUAUAC